AUCUGAAAUCUUAUUCUCAAGACUCGGCUAGCGGUUUUGUUCAGUUGAUUUUCGGUUCUGGUGUGAUUUGGUGGCCGGUCUUUGUAGGAGUUUGUUGCUCUCGAAGCUGUUUCUGCUGUUUUUUUUUCUUUACUUUGUAUUUUGUCGAAAAAUAACAUUGCUAAUUUUGCUUCUUGCUUCGUGUUAAUUUCGAAGGAUUUUGGUUUUCUUGCUGUUUCGCUAACAGAAGAUACAAUAGUUCUGUGUAGUGAUAGAGUGUGCAAUAAUUUAUUUCAAUUGAGACGAUGUGUUAAAUUAUUUGAACAAAUCAGUGAUGUCGAUGGUUUUGGAUUACAAUUAUCGUGAUUAUUAUCCGACGGUUUGGUGAAACUUUGUGAAUCAGUGUGCCUAACAUCAUCCCGAAAGCACUCGACAUUCUAGAGGAAAAGCAUUUGUGCAACGGAAUAUGCGGAAGAUAAGUUAAAAAAGUUCAGGUGGAUUGAACAGAAUUUUACGAUACGUGAAUUGGACUUGUAUGAUCGCAUCCCGCAUACGUAUAAGUUAUGACCGGCUUUUCGUGAUAUACAUUCGAAGAUAUUAGCCAAAACGCGGUGGAUAAUAAAUAUUUACUAUUGUAUAUCGCUCAGCGUCCCUAUACCGCUGGCUAAUUUGGAAGGAGCAAAAUGGCACAUAACAACCGAGCGGUGAUUUCGGUGGUAAUCCUGCACUUGUUGAUUAUUUCAAUUCACCAUCGAUCGUCGAUGGCUAAUACUGUACCAUUAGCAUCGCUUUCCAAUGGGAAUAGCAGCGAAAACCACACAUCGCACAAUGAGAGUGCUUCGGCUUCAGGCACCAAAAGAAGUUGUACGAAUGUUCAUCCGAUUUUUGAGCUGCGUGGAUUCACCGCAGCCAGCAUACCGAAUGACCCAAUUACAGACAGACCAUUGCGGUACUGUGAUGUACCUCCCGGAGGCACAUGUUGCACGCAUACGAUCGAAAAUAAACUGGCGGUGCAUGCGAAAACACUGUUAGAGCGGAAUACCAAAGAUUCGAUAUCCAAGCUGUCUUCUGUACUGGGAACUCGAGCGCAAAAGUUUAACGAUUUCUUCAAACAGCUGCUCGCAGAAUCGAAAGCGGAAUUUCAUGCUAUGUUUAAGCGAACGUAUGGUACAAUCUAUGAGCAGAACGCAUAUGUAUUCGCCGAUCUAUUCACCGAACUAGAGCGGUACUAUGCUAAUGGCAAAGUGGAUCUAGGUGAAGCAAUGGAUUCAUUUUUCAACAUCCUUUACCAAAAAAUGUUCACCGUACUCAAUUCGCAGUAUAGCUUCAAUACAAAAUAUCUUGGAUGCGUAAGCGAACAUAUGAAGGAACUUAAACCAUUUGGAGAUGUUCCCGAUAAACUAUCGGUGCAGAUAAAACGUUCGUUCGUUGCGACACGCACUUUUGCCCAGGCACUCAACUCGGCAGCCGAUGUCGCCAAGAAUAUGGUCAAUGUACGGUUAUCCGCGGAAUGCACAGCCACUCUAACUAAAAUGAGCACCUGCAACACAUGUGCGGGAUUUUUGGAAAAACCAUGCUCUUCCUACUGCAUAAACGUGAUGAAGGGCUGCUUGCAAAAUUACAUAGAGCUCGACAACGAAUGGGAUUCGUUUGUGGCCACGAUGGAGCGUGUAUCGGAUCGAUUAUUGGGUCCGUUUAAUAUUGUUAUGGUAGUCGAACCCAUCAAUAUAAAGAUUUCCGAGGCUAUCAUGAACUUCCAGGAAACCGGCCAGGAUAUAUCAAACCGCGUUUUUCAAGGUUGUGGAAAGCCAGCCUUAGGGCGAAGAAGAAGGGAUACGGGACCACUCGUUAAGCCGAAGAUCAAUGAGAACCGACCCGAUCCGACGAGAGGUGUGCCUAUCAAGUCGCCCUCAUUUGAUGAUAGUGAUUUAUUUAUUUUCGAUGAAGAAAAUUUCGUUGGCGAUAAACAAAUAACUAAACGAUCAACACCGGACUCAACAAGCCGCGAAUUGAAAUACGACCCGGUGCAGUUUUCCAAUGGGGAAAUUCAAUUCACGAACAGCAAUAAUCCGCCUACCCAACAUCAGGCGCAGAAUGAGAACACCAGCAACAAUCGAAACAAUAAAAGAAAGAACAAUCGAAAGCAAUCCAAUGAGGAGGAAAACAACCGCGAGCCGAUUGAUAGACUCGUGAAAGACAUACGUCAACGAGUUAAGGAUUCCAAACGAUUCUGGUCGAAUUUGCCAUACAUGAUUUGCAAUAACGAGGAAAUGGCAGCCCCACCCAGCAGCGAUGGAAGUUGUUGGAAUGGACAAACGGUUGACCGAUAUCUCCAAAAUAUUGCAUCCGAAAGUGACAAGAAUCCGGAGUUUCCAAACCGCUCAACAAAUACACGACAGAGCGCGAUUGUACAACAGCAGUUGUAUGUUUUACGCACGGCCAUUAGUCAACUUAGGAAUGCUUAUAAUGGCCACGAUGUCGAAUGGACCGACCAAGAAGACAAUUACUACGGCAGUGGUUCCGGAGGAGGUAGUGGAUUCGACGACGAAGAUGAAGCAGGCUCUGGUUUAGGGCCGUGGGAAGUGGAUGAUCGUAUCCACGAUCGCAUCCCGAGUGGUGCAGAAUCUCCUAACGAUGUGAUCGAGGGUGAAAGAAACAGUAGUAAUAAUGGUAAAAAUGAAAUUGACUACACAAGUCAUAGAAAUAUCCCAGCGGUGGUAGAUGGCAGUAGUGGCGGAACAUCUACUUCUGCAGGCAGCGGAAGUAAGAAGUCGCCACACUUGUCAAUAUCCCGGGCAUUAUUACAAUUUUUCUUGCCACUCAUAAUGGCUUGGUUUGGCGGAAUUUUUGCCGAUUUGCUGUGAUUUUAAUGAAAGUAGUUUCGUAGUAUGUAUAUUUUAUCUCAUUGGAUUUUAAUUUAUACCAACUAUCCAAAAUGUCCGAUUAUAGGGGAAAAGCGAGAUAACCUUUUAUAGAAUGCGAUGCAUAAUUCAAAGAAUGCGUUGAAUGAAGAAGAGAUGUGCAUAUAUUUAUAGCUAGCGUCCUUUUCUAAAUUUCAAUCCACGGUAUUUGUUGCAGUACACGAUGCGAAGUGAUAAAAAAUUUUGGGUUCGAUCGAAACCCUUCCAUUACGUACAAAGAAAAUUGGAUUCAUUGACUACUUAUUUCUUACCCAGUAUUCGGAAAAUUGUGCCAGGGUUACUUAAUUCCAUCCUCACAAGCAAACUUGAAAACAUAGCAUUUACUUUACAUAUAAACAUCGCCAUUUUGCGAAGCCAUUCCGUUUGUUUUAUCAUAUCGACAAAUUUCUUUUACCUAAAUGCAUAGAAAGCAUAAGUGAAAUGCGAUUUCAUUACUGAUAUAUUUAGGCCUUAUUAAAACUCUAGUCAAAUUAUUUAAAUAAAACUUACUUUCUUCGCGUAUCCUAAAAAUCUGUUAUACAAUCAACAAAUAAGUUUUGCAGGAAGCAGUAUAGGAAUCCUACUUUAACCCGUUGUCUAGAACUUUACACCAUAUGUUCAGUUUAAUUCUCAUACGACUGCCCUUCAAACCUACUUAUUGCCAAUUCAUUGGAUAAUGGUAAUGAUUUUCGUACGUUUAACAGUUUGUAUAUAUCUAAUUUAAGAAAAAUAGAUAGCUUGACGGAAACUAAUAUGAUGAAUUGAGGGAAAUUAAAUUGUUUGUUUUAUUUAUCCUUUCAUUAGUAAUCUUGAUGUUCUCUAGAAUAUGUAGGCAAUUUUUUGUUUAAUUAGUGCUGAAGGCAUUUCUUGAUUUAUUUUAGCGCGUUUCUCCAGUCAAUAAUCCAAUAUCGUAAAAUAAUGAAUCCUGCUGCAUUUAGGGUAAAAUAAACUUGUUGAAUUCAUUAUGAUAAUGAAAAGCACGUUUAUAAUACAGGGGUUCUAGUAAUUUAAGCUAUAAGUUUAUGUGUGCAUGAGUUUAAAAAAAGGAUGAAUGUUUAAUAACAAGGCUACUUGGGGCGCAAUAUUUACUAAAAAUGAGCGUACAAAGCAAAAAAAAACUUCAAUUUUCUGUUAGAUUAUCCUUAAAGCUACAAUAGUGAAUUCAUAUCAAUGUGUUUUGUUGGAAGUAUACUUCAAAGUAUAGAACCUCAUCUGAGAUACGCGAUUGCAUAGCACAAAACCACAAAUCGAGUAUAACUGACUUUUGUCCCACUUCCUUACCUAACCAUAAAGCCUCUCAGUGAUGUAAGGUGAUAACGAGAAUAGAAUAUGUAUAAUAAAUUCAACAAUGAAGAGUAUUAAUUAUAUAGAAGAAAUACAAAAAAAAAUAAAUAAAACAAUUU